AUGACGACGGCGGACGAAGGCGGAGCUACUUUCAAUCCCACCUCCUCCGCCUACGGUGGUGGAGGAGCCGGAGGUAAGUUACGCAAUAAGCCGUUUCGCAGACCAACGACGCCGUACGAUCGCCCAUUAACUGCGCUCAGAGGAAACAAUGAUAACAAUCGCAGCUGGUUGAAAAAGCUGGUGGUAGAACCCGCCUCUAAGCUUAUUUCCUAUGGGGCGGACCGUCUUCUCGCACCGCUACUUCGGAAGCGCCUACCGCCGACUCCGCCUCCUCAGCCGCCAGAGGCAAAAGCUGAUGUUAAAGAUGGGAUUCAAGGGGCUGUUCUUAAUAGUCACGAUGGACCCCAAGAACCUUUAGGUGGUGAUUACAGUCAGCCAAUCAAUGAUUCUAGCAGCAGUGACUUCUCUCAGCUCGAGCAAUUAAUGAAGCAAAGAACCUUCACCAGAUCUGAAAUUGUUCAUUUGAGAAAACUGCUGCAAUCAAGAGUUGCAGAAGUAUCACUUGAGAAUGUAGGACGAAGAAAUGAAGAUACUGCUUUAGAUUAUGCAAGGGAUCAACAAUUUGCGAGUGGGCUCUUGGAAGAAAACGGAAAUGAGAGGAAUAGGUCUUCCACUUUUAUGUCUACUUCUUUUGUCAAUUCAAAAGUUGUUGAGAAUGAUAAUGCUUCACCUGCUGAAAUUGCAAAAGCUUAUAUGGGAAGUAGGCCUUCGAAGGUAUCGCCAUCAGUACUAGCAAUACGCAGUCGAGUUGGUAAGGGAGAUGCAGGGUUGCUUAGUAGUUUGUCAUCUGCCUCAGGGUCACCUAUCAUGGCAUUGAAUAAGAAGACCCAUAACAGCAUGGUUGCCCCUGAUAAUGGCUUCAUAACUCCAAGAUCACGUGGCAGAUCGGCUAUUUACAAUAUGGCUCGUACACCAUACUCCAAAGUUCAUCUAACUUCCAGCCUCAAGGGAAGUGGAAUUAGUCGGAAUGGUUAUGCUGGACCUGGACCAUCGACAUCCUCAUCUUUUCCUCCAGUAGACAUUGAUGAAAAUUUUGACUCCCGCCCAACGAGCUUAAAACGAAGAGGCUCUGUCUUAGAUGAUGAACUUGGCUCCAUUGGCCCCAUAAGGAGAAUUCGGCAAAAACCUAAUCUGUUAGCUUCUGGACGUCAUAAUACUACUCCUGGAGUGGUAACUGGUUCUCAUGCAAAGCAGAAGUUUCCAUUGAUCGACGAACAAAGCCAUAAAGCAUCCAAAGAUGUUGGAGAAAAUGAGAAUGAAACUGUACCAAUCCCAAGUUUUCCUCAUGUUCCUUCCAAGUCUAGUGAGGUGGCUUCCAAAAUAUUGCAGCACCUUGAAAAGAUGACCCCAAAGGAAAAAUCAUCAGAGCGCAAGUUAGUUGCUCGGAAUGACAAAUCUCCUUCGACAUUGACAGCUAGUAUGCUUUCUGGACAAGCUAUCAAGAGUAUAGCAGAUGUGGAUUCGUCAAAAUUGUUGAAUUUUCAGGAGGAUCAGAAGUUGGGGGAUGGGUCAAAUGUCACUUUAGCUGAUGCUCAUAAUUUCUGUAAGCAAAAGGAAGAAAAAGUAGUGGAAAAUGGCCCUAUAAAAUAUGUUCCCCCAUUGGACAAGUGGUACCCUGCCUCCAAUAAUGAUUCUGUGGUGUCCUUGAAAGCUUCUAUGCCUAGUACCAGCGGUAGUGGUUCUUUGGUAAAAACUGGUGCAUCUCAUCCUCAAAAGAAGAGAGUUUUUAGGAUGAGUGCUCAAGAGGAUCCUGAGCCGGAUGAUAAUACAUAUUGUAAUGGAACUGUAUCAAGAUCAAUCUCUGAAAACAAAGGACCAAUGGAAGAUCCACUGCCAGAUAGCCGUGCUACACUUUCUGAGGAACCCAAGCUGGUAAAACCGUCGAUAAAGGCAGAAAACCAGUCAGUUUUGCCCCUAAACUCGCGGAAUAAAAGUGCACCUAAUUAUGGUACUGUUGCACCUGGAGAAAUGAGUACUAUUGUUUCCUUGUCAACAUCUGAAGAAACAAAGGAAGCUUCACAAUCAGUUAUUCCACUGUCAGUUGCUGAGAAACCUAAUGCUCCAUUGUUCAGCUUCAGCUCUAAAGUUGUUGAAAAGGUUGCUUCAUUACCUUCUGGUUCCAUCAGAGAGAUGGAUGCAACGAUUAAAAGCCCCAGCUGCUUGGUCAACACUCCUCCAACUGGAUCUGAAGUCAAAGAUUCUGAGUCAGACAAAAGUUCUAUGGACCCUUUCAAGGCUGGAGAUGCAAAUGGAAAAUCAGACAACAUUCCCUCAACGACAUCAAUACGACCAUCUCCAGCGUCAUUUACUACAACAUCAGGUCUCUCUAACGACACAAAUCAGAUAUUCAAGGGUGGUAAUGCUUUACAGUUUGACUCUUCGACCAGUGGUGGCUGCACCAGCACCAGCACCAGCACCAGCACCCCUGCCGCCCCCAUAUUCGGACUGGCUGCAGCAAAACCUUCAUUUCCAGCAAGUACCCCCGUUUUCAACUUUGGUGCGUCAGAUCCAAUUACUUCAGUUCCAGCAGCAUCAACUACUAGAAUCGCUCAAUCAGAGUUGAAUCCUAAAGCCAACGAAAGUGAGACCACUCCAAGUUCCCUCAACAGUGCAGCAGCUAGUUCCACAAGUGACAGCACCACUUUCGGACUUGGUUCGCCCUUCAGUUUGCCAGCCUCUCAUACCUCGGUCUUUGCUAGCGCCAUUAAAUCACCCUUGGCAAGCUUGUUCUCAACUGCCUCGCAAGGCACUUCGUCCACUGCUCAGCCUGUUUCGACAUUCAGCAGUAGUAGCACUAGCACCCCUUUCUGUUCCUCAUCUAUUUCCCAAGUUUCAAAACCUAGCAAUAGUCCUAUUGGAGUCAAGUUCGGUGCCAACACGACAGAAGCAAAUGCGGUUAGCUCAACCUCUUCUACUCCUCCUAUUCCUGGCAUCUUUCCUUUUGGCCUCAGUUCUUCAACUAGCAGCAUUGCGGACAGUUCUUCGGCACCCUCCUCUAGUGCUCCUAGCAACAGCAAUCCCUUUGCAGCCAGUUUGCAAGGCCCGAAGCAGUCCCCAGUUUUUGGUUCCUCCAAUACAUUAACGUCUGGAUUCUCGUUCGGGGCAUUGCCAUCAUCAUCCGCUCCUUCAACGAACGUUUUUAAUUCAUCGUCCUCAUUCACUGCUUCCUUCUCGUUCCCCGCAGCCCCUUCAUCGCCUGCGUCUGCUGUGUUUGGGGGUGUGAGUCAGGUGAAUGCGGAGGACAGAAUGGCUGAGGAUCAUCCCGUGCAGCAACAGCAGCUGCCGUUUGGUCAGCCAGGGGUGGCGGCGGCUACUCCCCCUGCUUUUGCAUUCGGGCAGUUUGGGCAGCCCAGCCCAUUUCUGUUCAGUGGACAGCAGCCGAAUCAAAUUGGAGUGGCCGCCGUGCCACAGAACCCUAAUCCGUUUCAGGCAUCGGCCAGUCUGGAGUUCAAUGCAGGAGGGAGCUUCUCGUUGGGCAGUGGCGGUGGUGACAAGUCUGGUCGCAAGAUUGUCAAGAUCAGCAGAAGCAAGAAUCGCAAGAAGUGA